AUGCUUACCAAAGAUCAUAAUAGAGAUUCUUUGUUAAAGUUAACAAAAGAUCAACUAUUUCAGAUCUGUUUAGAUAAUAAUAUAACUGUGAAAAAAAGUACAAAGAAAUCAUUAAUAAUAGAUGAUAUUAUCAAAAUCAAAGAAGAUAGAGGUUGUUUACAAAAGAAAUUGGUAGAUGACAAUCCUUUUCAUAGAAGUCUUCCAGUGUUGAUCAUUACAAAGAUACUUGAGUAUUGUUGGCGGAUAUCAACCUCUGAUCGCGUCACUCCUUUAAUAGCAUACGAAGAAGCAUUAAAACUGACAUUAAUCAACAAAAGAUUCUAUGGUAUCGUCAGUCGGAUGUUCAACAAUGUAAAACUAAGUUCAACCGUAACAACUUCAAGAAUGGGAGAACUUCACAAAAGACUUAGCAGUGUGUGGUGUCCAAUUAAACAUAUUGUUAAGCUUCAGGUUGAAAUUCCAAUUUUUGAACAGUUAAUGAAACAACCAUCUGUUCAUCUCACUCAUAUGUUAUCAACUGUUGAAAAGUUAUUUAUUUAUCAAGAUUAUAAAUGGGGACAUAUAACAGAGACCAGCAUCAAAACAUUCGUAACCAUCGCCACCAAUCUUCACUCACUGUCCCUCUAUUGUACAUCUGUCUGUGUAUUUUAA